AGGCCUCAGAUUGCCUCACUCCAUACUUUCCCUCUUCAGGGGACCUCUCAGUUUUGUCAGCUCAUCGUAGGGAGAAAAGCUCUCACACUAGGGUGGGAGAGUAUCAGAUGAGUGGCGCAGGCAGGAAGAUAGCCAUCUGUGUCGUGACCACGCCGCCCCAACCGCCUGCCGAGAACCCGCCGGGAGAGGAAGUCCUCCGCGUCUCAGUUGAACAGCGCUCUGCAUUCCUGGACGGCUUCCUUGACAGACAUGGACACCCAAGACAGGAGCAGGGCAGAGCUUGCGCUCCCAAAUCCACAGGAGCAAGCUGGCGUACCUGAAAUCGAGCUCUUGGAGACCUCGCAGGAGACUGCUCCGCAGCAGAAGUCCGCCCCAGCCCCCGUGAAGCAGACGUGGUCAUCGCUUUUGAAGAAAGAGCUGGAAUUCCUGGGGGUCACGCAAAUUCUGAUUGGUUUGCUAUGCCUUUGCUUUGGAAUAAUUGUCUACUCUGUACUUGAUAUUUCGAACUUUGAUGAAGAAGAAAUGUUUUCAUCAUUCAAUGCAGGCUUCCCAUUCUGGGGAGCAGUGCUUUUUGUGAUCUCUGGAGUUUUGUCACUUCUCUCUGAAAGGGGAAAGGCGAUAUAUCUGGCUAGGGGGCGGCUGGGGGCCAACACCCUCAGCAGUGUCGCUGCGGCCACCGGCAUCAUCAUCCUUGUCCUCAACCUCAGCAACAGCUCAGCAUACGUCAGCCACUGCGACAGACUCGCUGAGAGUGACGAUUGCCUUGUGGCUUCAUUUGUUAUCGAAAUUGUGUGCAUGAUGCUGUUUCUCACCAUCCUGGAGUUUUGCGCUACGGUGUCGCUCACCAUCUAUGGGAUUGGAGAAGAAUGCCGGGGGGAGAAGCUUCCAGAUGAUCGUCUUUAUGAAGAAUUAAACAUUUAUUCACCCAUUUAUAGUGAGCUGGAAGAGAAAGGGGAACCAUCUCCUGCGGAUUCGUAAGGACUGAGCACCCAGGACGUUCUGAGUCCCAGUGCAGGGUCCAAGAGCCAGACCCUGCUAGGAGGCAUCUGCAAGAAUGGCUGUUCUCUGUGCAGUCUGUCCAUUCUGCAUUAGAGCGCUCUUCUGGAUAUCAG